AUGGCGGACGACGAUCGCCGACCCAAGCGCUCGCGCUUUGACCAAACAGAACCCGAACCCCGUCGCUCUCGAUUUGACCGCCGGUCUCGGUCUCCAUCGGCCAAACAGUCGGAGUCAACUCGGACACGCAGCCCACUCAGUCGCGAGCCGCGCAGCCCUGGCGCUGAUUCUGGAGGAAAACCAAUCGCGUCUGACCCUGCUGCCGCUGCGGCUGCCGCUGCGGCCAAGAUCAAUGCUCAGUUGCAAGCAAAGAAAGGCAUUCAGCAUGUCGACGUCCCUCCAAUUCGCUCGGCCGCGAGCCCUGCCAUGAACACCGAGUCGCCGUCGAACGCAGAUGCGUCAGGCAAGCUGAACCCCGAGAUUUAUGUCGAUGAUGGUGAUUACAUUCGCGAUAUCGAGAUCAAUGACUUGCGCAACCGCUAUACCUUGACCAAGGGGUCAACUCAAAAGAUGAUCAAAGAUGAAACUGGCGCUGAUGUCACCACCCGAGGAAAUUAUUACCCGGACAAGAACAUGGCGACUGCUGCUAACCCCCCUCUUUAUCUUCAUGUGACGAGCACCAACAAGGAAGGGCUCGAGAAAGCUGUGGAGUUGAUCGACGACUUGAUGCAGAAAGAACUCCCAAAUCUAGUCGACGAGCGUCGAUUCCGUCGCCGGGAGCCUGAGCCCGUGGAACGGGAUGAAUAUGGUCGUCGUAAAUGGCCUGAGGAACGCAUCCCAAUUGAUCUUGAAUCCCUCCCCGGGUUUAAUCUUCGCGCGCAGGUUGUCGGACAGGGUGGAGCUUACGUGAAGCACAUUCAACAGCAGACCCGCUGUCGUGUUCAGAUCAAAGGUCGCGGCUCCGGCUUUAUCGAAACCAGCACGGGACGAGAAAGCGAUGAUCCGAUGUUCUUGCACGUCGCUGGUCCGGACCCCAACGACGUCAAAGCGGCCAAGGAACUCUGCGAAGAUCUUUUAGCCAAUGUGCGGCAACAGCACCAGCGCUUCAAGGAGAAUCCGCCGCAGCAAAAUUAUGGCGGCUACGGUCAACGUGGCGAUCGCUACCACGGGGGCGGCAGCUACGGCGGUGGCUAUAGUCGCCACCAGCAAUCGCCCGGGACCUCCGCCAGCCCUGCCCCUGCCUCUGCUGGAGCAGGCAGCCAGGCUGACUACAGCGCACAGUAUGCCCAGUACUAUGGGUCUGACCCGUACGCCGCCUACGGUGGAUACCAGAACUACGUCGCCUACUACCAGUAUUACCAGCAAGUUGCCGCCGCCCAGCAGCAGCAACAACAACAGCCUCAAAGCCCUGCUCCCCCGCCCCCUCCCAGCGAGGCUCCUCCGCCUUCGGGAUCUGGGUCUCCUCCACCACCGCCGCCUGGUGGAGGCGGCUACAGCGCGGUUCCUCCCCCGCCCGGUCUGUAG